CCCCCCCACUCUCGCGUGUUCUCGCGAGACAGCGGUGUGUUUGACGGGCAGUCGAGGUUGCAGAGGCAGGGAGACGGUGGAAGGUAAAGCAGGGAGGCAGCAUCAUGGCGGACAGAGACAGUGGCAGUGACCACGGAGGGCCCACCACAGGCCCGCUGCCUCCGGGGGCGAUGGGCGGCAUGUCCCGUCUGCAGCACGACACCGAGGAGCUCGCCUCGAAGCGGGUCGACAUCCAGAACAAGCGCUUCUACCUGGACGUGAAGCAGAACGUCAAAGGCCGCUUCCUAAAGAUAGCCGAGGUCGGCGCUGGGGGAAACAAGAGCCGCCUGACUCUGUCCAUGUCAGUAGCCGUGGAGUUCCGAGACUAUCUCGGGGACUUUAUCGAGCACUACGCCCAGCUGGGCCCCUCCAACCCGGACUUGGUGCAGGACGAGCCACGGCGGGCGCUGAAGAGCGAGUUCCUGGUGCGGGAGAACCGUAAAUACUACAUGGAUCUGAAGGAGAACCAGAGGGGGCGGUUCCUGAGGAUCCGGCAGACCGUUAACCGGGGGCCGGGGCUCGGCAGCGCACAGGGCCAGACCAUCGCUCUCCCCGCGCAGGGGCUCAUCGAGUUCCGUGACGCUUUGGCCAAACUCAUCGAUGACUACGGGGUGGACGAGGACCCCGCGGAGCUGCCAGAGGGCACGUCUCUGACCGUGGACAACAAGCGCUUCUUCUUCGACGUGGGCUCCAACAAGUACGGCGUGUUCAUGCGGGUCAGCGAGGUGAAGCCCACGUACCGGAACUCCAUCACGGUGCCCUGCAAAGUGUGGUCCAAAUUCGGCAACACGUUCAGCAAGUACGCGGAGGAGAUGAGGCAGAUCCAGGAGCGGAGUAGAGAGAAGCGGGCCUCAGAAUUGAUGCCCGAGAGUCACGGGGGCGACGAGGGCGAGGACGACUGACCGCGGGCUCGGAGCAAAAAUCAAACCGAAUCACGUGACUUGUAAAAUAGAGAUGUUGAAGGGAAUCACCCACACAACCUCCACGGACAGCCCGCUGUCUCCUCGUCAUUACCGGAUGUCUCCCACAACCCACCACUCACAGUGAGCCGCUGCUAAACGGAACUGUAAGAUACGAACUGUUUCUACUUGAUUUACUGACAAUGACCAGAGUGUUUAUAUCUCCAAACGACAGAUUUUGCACACAUCAAAGCUAUUUGGGAAAGUUUCAUGUUUAAAGGGGUAGAAUCUAAGAUUGAAUCUAAACAAACCAGAGUCUAUUAUAUAAAUAUAGAACAAAUAUUUGACAUCAGCACAAAGAGAAGAGUAUAUUAUGGACUAAAUGAAACCAAAUGUGAUGUUUAUUCAGAGGUACGGUGAGGCUGCAGCCUGUAGCAUGCUGUGGGCUCAUGAACUACUUUAAUUUGACCUUAGCCUGAGAGCUUCACGCAUUUAGAUUCAGAGCCCUCCGCGCCUCCAACUAACGGGAUAAAGAUAUCUCAAAUAUUAAAUAUCAGCCCUUUGCACCAUGUCCAUAUAAACUUAAUGAAAAAAGUGCUAACUUAGAUGUACUAAUUAUGAUUUUGUGAAUCAGCUGUAAAAAAGAUCCUUAUUAAGAUG